GGUGGAUGGGGAAAGAGUGAAAUUGGAAAUUGCAUUUGAAUAAUGAUGUCCAUAUUCCGGCAAUACACCUUGGACGACUCAUUCUCGCAAGUGUUGGUGUCCCCGAAAUUCCUGAAGGAGUACCAAAUAGCCCUGACCUUCGCAAGCGACUACGACGACGACGGCGUCCCCACCAACGGGGUUUUCCGGCCAACCUGGGACCUAACCAAGGUGACCCCGGAAUCAAUCACGCGAUUCAAGGAUAAGAACCCCGACGUGGACAUCAAAGUCUUCAUCAGCAUCGGCAACCGCGGCACCCAGCACCCCUUCAAACCCCUCAACAACCAAACCUGGAUCCAGAACGCCACCAUGUCCCUCACCAGCCUCAUCAACAACCUCCACGUCGUCCACGGCAUCGACGUCCUCUACGACCACAUCGAUGCCUCCCCCGCUGACUUUACCGAGUGCGUUGGCCAGCUCAUUAGGAACCUCAAGGAAAACGGCGUCGUCUCCCAGGCUUCCAUUUCUCCCUCGUCUUAUCCCAACCAAGAAUACUAUCCGUUACUCUACAGCUCUGUGCCCUUCUUCGUUGACUGGGUCGAUUACCAGUUCCAAAGCGAGGAUCAACCCGUCUUGGAACCCACCACCUUGGUGAAGCGCUACAAUGAAUUAACCAAGGUUUAUCCCAAAACAAAACUCUUUGCUGGCUACAGUGCUGAGAAUGAGGACUGGGCCACAGUUUCCCCGUUCGUGUUCUUUUUGGGUGCCAUGGACCUUCUCAAGAAGAGAAGUGCUCCUGGUGUUUCCAUUCAUUACCAUAAUUACUAUGCAUCAGAAGCUCCCAAUAAGGACUGAAUAUGCCUCGCCAUCCACCCAUGCCUCUCUGCUACUAUCAUAUUACCUUAUUAUUUACAGUCAUGCUACCUUAAUUACUCGUGUAAGACCCAUCUAGGGUUAUCAAAUCAGUUCCAUAUAUAUAUAUAUAUAUAUAUAUAUACCUAUAUCUCAUAAAAUAUAAUGAAUAAGUUCUUAGUUGUUAUCUCA